CUACGGUAUAUGUUUAAAUUUGAAACUGUAGUCAGCCCAACCUUACAGCAACGAUACCGGCAGCGUCGCUGCGCAGCUCCGUUCUCCGUGUAUUUUUCUCCGGGCAGCCUGAGGUGUGGUGCAUCCUAUAUAUACGCUUAAUACGGUACUAGGAGUAGAAAAGCAUCUACGUAGAAACGGGCCCGGAGCCCAGAAAUGGAACGGGUCGCUGACGUCCCAGCACACGGCGAGUGCAAUCGGGACCCUUCUGACUUUGCUCUUACCAAUAAGAAUCUUGUUUGUUGCUACGUGUGCCGCCUAAUCAAGUCGCGCAACCAGCCCAUGGAGUGUACGACAGUUGCGACGAUCGUACAAGCUUCGGCUGCUUCAGUCAUCAACUUCAUGCGAGCGGUGAUAACAUCGCAGAGCCUUGCGGCCUUGACAGCUGCGGCGCCGCCCCUGGUAGCUAGUACGGCAGCGGCAGCGGCGCCAGCAGCGACGGCGGCGCGGAGAGUCCUAAGCGCCAGCGUGACGAGCGUGCGAGCUUCAUGCGGCGGCGGCGGCGGCGGUGGCGGCGGCGGCGGCGGCCUCCGAGGAUUCUCUGCGUCGAGCGGUGCUACGACCAGUUUAGCGACGGCGGGAGAGGAGCUCGCGCAUACCGAGGCGACGGCGGCGGCGGCGGCGCCGUCACCGCUUCUGCCCAGUGCAUCGCCGCCGUACGUUAGCAACUGCUGCUGGCAUGAGGUUCAAGCAAACCUGUUUCUGGAUCCGGUUUCAACGGAAUGGAAUCUGGUGCUCGCGUUCCAUGACGUCACGCCGUACGUGCAGGCUGAGCUGGAGGUUAGACAGGUCUUAGAUGCUGAGCACCGCAUCCUUGAAGAAGUCUUUCCGAGACACGUGCUGGAGGUGAUGACGUCAGACAAGCGCCGUACAUCGGCUUUUGGCGGCGGCGGCGGCGGAUGUCCCUCCCUGGUGCGCACUUCCUCCUUGUCAUCGACUUACACUGUCAGCGGCGGUGCCGCCGCCACCGCCGGCAGGCAGCUGUCGUGUGGCGGACGUGGCGUGGGCCAGCCGGCACCUGCGCUAGCCUGGCGUCGUAUAACCACAGCACCUGCACAGCCCAUGGAGUGUACGACAGUUGCGACGAUCGUACAAGCUUCGGCUGCUUCAGUCAUCAACUUCAUGCGAGCGGUGAUAACAUCGCAGAGCCUUGCGGCCUUGACAGCUGCGGCGCCGUCACCGCCGCCGCUGCUGCUACUGCCGCCGCCGCCGCCGCCGCAUGCGCCCCAGCGCCGCCGGGCCUCUGCGGCGACGCAACGGAGGCGGCCGCCACAGCGGCCCCCGUCGCCACCACCCACCCAUCGCCGCCGCCACCUGUCCGCCCGCUACAGCUCCCCAACGCGCAAUCAGCAUUGGGCUCCCUCCAGCUACAGCCACAGUCACAGCGUCACCUCACCCUCCACGCCCUCGUGUGGUGGUUUCGGAGCCUUGAGCGGCGCACAGCAGUACAUGGCGAGAGCGCAUGAGGAGGUGACGGUGCUGUUCGCAGACAUCGCCUCCUUCACCAGCAUGUGUGGUCAGGUUCCACCCCACCGAGUCAUGGCGUUCCUCAACGACCUCUUCACCACUUUUGACCAGCUGGUGGAGAAGCAUCAAGUUUACAAGGUCGAGACCAUCGGAGUCAACGUUGCCAGCCGAAUGGAGUCCACGGGUGUACCUGGUGCCGUACACAUUUCUGCGGCCACGCGGGCCUUAUUGUGCGCCGCGGCCGACGGGUUUCUUUCCACGGGGGGAAUUCCCGUCGAGGGCAAGGGGUUCAUGCUCACGUACGUGUACGACCCGUGCGGCGUCACUCCGCAGCGCUCUCAAACAGUCUCCCGAACUGGAUCAGCCGUGCCGGGUAUUGGUAGGGAAGGUCCCCAGGUCCCGGGGGGAGAAGCAUCUAGCGGUACACCGACAGAGGCGCCGCCUCCGUUGCCGCAAUAG